AGGAUAUCACUUGCUUUGAACCAACCGGCCGGCCGGGUGGACUGGAAGGUGGGGAGCGUUGCUGCACUUUCAGAGCGUGGGAUGAGCCAGAAGAAAGCAGCGGUCGGGGCCGGCCACCUGCCAGCGAGAGCUACCCCGGUUCGGCCCGCCAGCUGUGGCAGGACAGCCGGCGGGAAAGCCAAGGGCCAGCGUGGGGGUGGACCGGAGGCGCGGAGCAACUGCGCCAGUGCCAACCCCACCGAUGCCCACCACAGCCCCGCACACCUCGGCGAGAAGGAUGGAGCCGCUCACAGGGACAGGGGUGACGGGAUCACCGGCAUCCGCAGGUGUACUGUUGCCAAUGAGGUGAUUCUCACCAAGGCUGCCCGUGGGAAGGACACAGUUCCCACCAAAGCUGCCCGUGGCAAGGAAGUUAAUGCUGGCGACAAGAGGACAGAUGCCACCAUGGUUGCUGCUGGUGUCAAGGGGAAGAAUGCCAACAACACUGCUGAUGGCAAUGACACCGGUGCCAGGGUGGCUGCUGCUGGCAAGGAAACGGAUCAUGCCAAGGGAAAACAUGCCAACAAAGACGCGAGUGGCAGGAAGACCAAGGCAGCAGCUGCCGCUGGAGACGGUGAGGUCGGCAGAGAGCGAGAUUUGAACCAAGUGCUGCGGGCUGUGAUUGAAGAUCUGCGCAUUAGAUCGGUUGAGCGAUCCCAAGCAUCGAGGCGGGUGAACGUUGUAGUGGAACAUUUGGUGCGGCAAAUCAAACAGGAUCCUAUUUUUGAUUCAAUCGACACGUUGACAAGUGGCAGUUACUACGAACGCGUUAAGAUUUUUGAACCAAAUGAAUUUGAUAUAAUGAUCACAGUCCCUGUGGAGAGAGUCGCGUGUCAAGAGGUGGACAUCGAAGGUGCUUUCUACUGUAUUGGAUUUAAGAGAUGCCCACGUGACAACCUUCUCAAUCGGUUUGUUUGUGACGGACUGCUGUCAGCCGAAAAAAUGCUUUGCCACCUCAGGAAACUCAUAAUAGAUGCAGUAAAAUUAUUGCCAGAUUCCAACGUGAAAGUGUUAAGGAAGAAACCAGGAAGCCCAGCUGUGACGCUGGAGAUAGGGGGAGACGGUGUGCUCAUCUCGCUGGACAUGGUGUUGGCUUUGAAGGUGAAACAGAGCUGGCCCGGCAGCACCAUCAACGGGCUGAAGAUUGAAGAGUGGUUGGGAACAAAGGUCAGGACUGAUUUCAGACGGAAGCAUUUUUACCUGGUGCCAAAACAGCAGCCGCUUGAGACCACAGAAGGAGCCCAAGCUUUGUCAAAGAAAGAAAUGUGGCGGAUCUCAUUCUCGCACAUUGAGAAGAUGAUGAUCAUGAACCAUGGCAACAUGAAGACUUGCUGUGAGAGCGGCUCAUCUAAAUGCUGCAGGAAAUCCUGUCUGAAGCUUUUGAAGCGCCUCAUUGAGAAAUUGAAGGAGAAGCAUCCUCGCAUAUUGGCAGAUGUCUGCUCCUACCAUGCAAAAACAACUCUUUUCCACGCAUGUGUCCAGAGACCUAAAGAUGAAAUGUGGCGUCCUGAAGACCUUGCUGGAUGCUUUCUCCAGCUCUUGGACAACUUCACUGAUCAUCUGAAGAGAGCCAAUCUUCCUCAUUUCUUCAUCCCCACCUACAAUCUCUUUGACGGUCGAACAUUUGAUACAAAAAAUAGUAUUCGACUGCGUCACUUCAUUGAGAAUGAGAGGACCAAAAACUUCCCCAUCUUUGGGUAAAUCUGACUUCAAAAUAGUGACAAUGAUUCUGCUUUUGUCUUGGCAGACCAAGUCGAGAAGGAUAUUUAAUAAUCGGUAUCCAUUCUCUUUGGGUUUUAUUAGGACACAAAGCAAUGUGAAUCUUUUUUUGAAAUCCUGGUUAAGUCUUGGUUGAAAUAUCAUGUUGUAUUUUAGAAUGCAGGUCAAUAUCUGAUUGAGGCUGCAGAGGAGAUAUAGCAGAAUGAUAAGAUGGGAGACUGACUUGGUUUUAUGGAGUCCUUAAAGAGUGAUUGUUCCCCUGAAUGGAGAAGAAGUUUCUCCGCUGGACCCUGAUUUGAGAUAAUUGGAAAAAGGUCCUGAGGUACAACAGGAAAGUUUUGUGUUUACAUAUGAUGCAAGCUGAAAUACACUGCCUGAAAAGAUUGUGGGAAAAAGUACAUUAACAAGCAGUGCCGGAUUUACGUAUAAGCUAAACAAGCUAUAGCUUAGGGCCCCCACUUUCUAGGGGGCCUCCCGAAAAAAUUGAUGGGCCUCGAGGUCUAGAGGGGCCUCCGGCCAAGGCAGAACACCUACCGUUCAACUCUGGGCGGCCCCCCUCUCUAUCUCUCUCUCUCCAUCUCCCCCCGCUAUCCGUGUCCAGGCCGCCGGGCUCCGCUCGCUCCUCAUCCGCCGGCACGGCAGGCCGCCUUGCACAUGCGCACAACCACGGCCAGCACAUCAUCGGCCGCCCUGCGCAUGCGCACUGCAACGGCAACUGGUCGGCGCUGGGCACUUUCUCCCUCGCUUUGAAUUGUGGGAGAUUUGGCCGCCAUGGCUGUCCGGUCGUUGGGGGCCUCACAAGUGGAACAGCUUAGGGCCUCUCUUCAUCUAAAUCCAGCACUGUUAACACGUCAAAAAGAGAAAUGAGUAGAUAGUUGACAAGGAGAAAUGUACAGCAACAAUAUUGAGUGGCUGAGUUCUGGUUGCUGCAUGACGGGAAGGUUGUGGAGCCUUUGGAGAGAGUCCAGCAGGGGUUUACCAGGAUAUUGCCUGACUGAGAGGGUAUGAGCUACAAGCAGAGGUUGCACAAACUCAGAGCUUCACAGGCUGAUAGAAGACUAGAUAGAAGUUUACAAAUUUAUGUGAGGUGUAGACAGUCCUUUUUCCCCAGGUAAAAAUGCCAAAUGCUAGAAGGUAUAGCUUUAAAGUCAGGGGGAAAAGUUCAAAUGUAAUUUAAGUGCCUUCCUGUUUAAUAACUGGUCUAUAAUUCCGUUUUCUCUCUCCCGCCUUUCUUAAAAAGUGGGAUAACAUUAGCUACCCUCCAAUCCGCAGGAACUGAUCCUGAAUCUAUAGAACAUUGGAAAAUGAUCACCAAUGAGUCUAUGAUUUCCAGAGCCACCUCCUUAAGUACCCUGGGAUGCAGACCAUCAGGCCCUGGGGAUUUAUCAGCCUUCAGUCCCAUCAGUCUACCCAACACCAUUUCCUGCCUAAUGUGAAUUUCCUUCAGUUCCUCCAUCACCCUCGAUCCUCUGGCCACUAGUACAUCUGGGAGAUUGUUUGUGUCCUCCUAGUGUAGACGGAUCCAAAGCACCUGAUGAACUCGUCUGCCAUUUCCUUGUUGCCCAUAAUAAAUUCAGUCUUCAAGGGUUCAAUUUUGGCCUUAACUAGUUUUUUCCUCUUCACAUAUCUAAAGAAGCUUUUACUAUCAUCCUUUAUAUUCUUGGCUAGCUUACCUUUGUACCUCACUUUUUCUCCUCAUAUUGCCUUUUUAGUUUUCUUCUGUUGCUCUUUAACAGUUACACAACCUCUGGCUUCUCGCUUAUCUUUGCAAUGUUAUACUUCUCUUUUCUUUUUAUACUGUCCCUGACUUCCCUUGUCAGCCACGGUCGCCCCUUACUCUCCUUGAAUCUUUCUUCCUCUUUGGAAUGAACUGAUCCUUUCAAAUUUCUAGCAUCUGUAGUUUGUUUCUAAUUUUAGACAAUGUGUUUAGAGGAUGGCAUGGAGCAGGCCAGCUAACAGCAUCAGAAUUGUUGGGUGCAGAGUGGCAAAGGUAUGGAUGGGAGUUUCAGCACCAGGUGAGCCAUGGAUCGCCUCACUGACGAAAUGGACGAGGCAAUAACACAACUUGGAGUCAAAUAUGACUCCAGCCUCAGAACUACCAGGUGGAUGGAUGUGUGGCAUUGGUAGCAGUGACCAAAGACAAUGGUGCGAUGGCGUAUCAUCAUUAGAAGAGUGUGAACUUGGUUGAGUGGCUAAAUCUAUCAAUGUUGUUAGCUUGUCCCAUUUUAAAUUCCACUGCCUACAUUUGACGUGGAAUCAAGAAUGUAAUUCUGAUAUGAAAGGUACACAUUAUAAAUAUGUUCACAGUAUAUUUUAUUUCAAGCAAGAGCAGGAUGUGUACAGUGGUAUAUACAAUCCUUGCACUAUUUAUUGCUAUCCAAGCUCUUCUACCAUUGAAACAUCACAACUUUCCAUUUCCUAUUUACCGGGUAAGUUGCCACAGGCAAAAUGUAUUUACAGUAGGUAUGUUACAAAACCUACCUGAAUCGUCAUUGGGAAUCUGCCCUCAGCCAUGUCCGCGAUUUUGGCGCUGUUUGGAGGGGGCGGGUUUAAAACGCGAUUUUUACUAGGCUAUUCUAAUCGCAGAUGUUCAGCCUAGUAAAUCAUUAACGAAAAAUCGCUGCAAGACCCGGUCGCAAAAGGUAUUAUUAGUUUUAUAGGCCUCGAUAAUAUAGUUAUAAUAGUUUUAAAAUUACUCUCUGAUUCCGCAACCUCUCGCAGCCCCAGGGUUUUAUAAAGUAAACAAUUAAAGGUAUGUACCUUAUUUUUACAUUAAAUGGGGCAUAUAUAUAACCCUGUAAUUAAAGUUAUCUAUAGCGAGUAGUUCAUUUUGGGCUCUUUAUAUCCCGCAGUAUUUUUCUCGGCAUUUGAGGGCACUAAUCCAGCGCGAUGUCAACGUUCUAAACCAGCGCGUUCACAUGAACCCACUAGAAAGCCGAUUUAAAUGGGCAUUUAUUUACAGCAAUUGAACACUAAAUUCCUUCCAUUUGGCCUAUAAAUUAAUGUAAAUUAGAUAUAAAAAUCAUGUUAUAUUGUGAAUUAUUUGUGAAUAAUCUUUGGACACUUAGGCUAUUUAAAAAUGUUAAUCUUUCCUUAAGAAAUGGGCUUUUGACUAUCAAAGAUCACAGCUUUUUUGUAAUGUCCAUUGAAAAUCAAUAGGGAACAAGAUGCUAAUUUCCAAGUAUGAAAAUGGCCAUAACUUUUUUAAUACUUGAGAUAUGAAAGUGAAUUUGGUGUCAAAUUAAACUUAUUGUUAUGCUUUAUCUGAUGGGAUAAAUUGCAGACUUGAUUUUUAAAAUCUCAAAAUUUUGUAACAUUGCUAUUUACAGGCCCUGCUGCUAUUGAACUACAUGUUUCCCUUCCCUUUAUAAAAAAAAUCUUGCUUUCUAUUUAUUAUGCUUUGGGUGUAUGAUUGGAAAUGAAACAAAACUGAAACAAUACAUAGAUCAACUUUGGUUUCACCAGAAUAUGCUUUUUAUACUUUAUGCUUUCUACAAUGUAACCAUCAAAAGGAAAAUACUAUUUAAUCAAAACUUCUGUAAUUCUUGGGAUGUAGUUGAAGUUCAACUGUUACAUGGGCCAAUAUCUGAAUUUCACCGUUCUUUGAUUAAAAUUUGUACAAAGGAAAUAUUAAUUUAAAAU